AUGGGCAGAAGAAAUGGUGAGAACUGUGGCACCACAGUCCAUCUGUCAAGCAUUUCUCAGGAGAAUGUAUCUUCCUGGAGUUUGGAUUCCGAAGUACCUGUUCUUGAAAAUAAAAACCUCCCACCUGGAAGGGAUAGUGCAGCAGGUGGCAAAAUUAAUAAGAACCAUUUGGAAAUUCCAGUAGAGCAACUGAUGCUAGAACUUAAUAUGUCAGAGCAUGCUCACAGGAGAACACAGAAUAGUAAACAAGAGCUGUUUCAGUUAUGGAGUUACCCUCUUAAUGAAGGAAGUACCAUGGAGAACAGGGAAUUCAAAAAAUCUACAAUGGAAACUGGCUUUAAUGUAGUCAAUAAUCCCAUAAGGCUCUUUACCCUAAACCACUCAUUAACAAGUACUCCAGCUGAUCAGCAAGCUGGUUCUAAACUGGGACUGCCGAUGCCAAUAGGUCUCUACUGGCCCUAUGCUGACGGAGACUUUUUAAAGGACAGAAGUGAGUUUCAAAUUGAUUCAUGUUCACCUAUAGAAACCAGCAAUGGAGAAACUUUAUCUGCUCCAAACUGCAACCUUAAACAUGGAAACAGCAGUGUGGAAGAAAUUUUAACUGAUGAAAGUGACUUAUCAGAAAACGAGAACACUAAUGAUACUUUACUCAGCUAUUUUAAAAAGAUGGACUUGAAGUUAAAGCCAGAAACAAUAGAAAAUGUUGAGGAAUCUUUUACUGAGGAACCAAGUGAAGUAUUUCUAUAUCCUGAUUUUCUUCCCCCUCCUUUCAAUACUCUGGAUUUGCACAAAUUUGCCUUUUCAAGAUGUGAAAAUUGGAAAGCAACAUUGGACUCUCCAGAAAGCUCCAUUGAACAGCUGAUAACUCGUUUACUAGAACUGGAACGAUUACAACAUAUGACUAUACAAAAGGAGCGGUCUAGGCUACCAAGUGCUUUCUGUUCUCCAGCAGUUUCUGAGCGACCCUCUUCCUCCAAAAGUACAUUGAAAGCGAGGCAGCCCAAACUUCCUGACGCUUUGAGUCUUCUGACAUCUUGUGUAGAUAAAAGCCGAGAAAAGAGAAAAAACAGUUCUGGUUGUGGUAAGCUUGAACAAAAUGCUUCAAAGUGGAAUUGGAGUGGUGAUGGAAAAUAUAAAUGGAAUUCUAGAUCACCAUCUCUAAAAAGUUCACCAACCACAAAACAAUGUAUUGCAACUUAUGAUGAUUUUAAGAAUCCCAAAAGUUUCACUUCAAAUUCAUGCCAAGAACUCUCACCCAAGCCUUCCACUACCCAAACUACUCAAUCACUGGUUAAAAUAGGCUCAACAAGAUGCCUGCCACCAAGGUCUCCAAUACCAGUUUCACCUAUACCCCUGUCUUUUCCUGAAAAUCACAGGGAAGAAAUUAAAUCACAAUGGACCAAAAGGAAACCUUACCAAAAAAGUAUACUAAUGAAUAGACCAUUCUAUAUUCAGAAACUAAACUGUUUUUCACCUUCGUUUAUGGAUAAGGGUAAAUGCUCACCCAUUGACCAAAAAUAA